AUGAACUCUCUCGUGCAGUCGGCGAGGAGAAAUCCUCAGAAUGCGCUCGUGAGAGCUUCCGCGCGGGCGACGGUCCAAAACCACAGCAGGACACCCGCCUUCAGCCGGUUACUUUCCACAGAUAUCAGUGGCAACGCUGCGCUGGCCUCAUCACGACAAACCUUUGCACGACCCACCUCAUUGCGAUCACAGUUCCUCCCUGAAGAUGUCCGCAGCAUCUCGAGCUCGAUGCAAUCCAGGUCUUUCCACCUGACAGCCAGACAGCUUCAGCAGCAGCAGCAGCCCGAGAAGCCCAAGGCACCCGAGGACGGUGCAAAGCCCGCCGAGGAUACUGCGAAGCCCACCGAGGAAGCCAAGGCCAAGGACGCCGAGUCUGAGGGCAAGGAAGAGUCAUCCGAGAAGAAAGAGGGCGAGAAGGCCGCGGGAGAGGAGGGUAAGGAAGGCGAGGAGAAGCAAAAGGAGAAGAAGGAGGACAUGCCGCCUCCUCCGCCCCACGGUGACAAGACGCCGUGGGAGGUCUUCAGAGAGACGCUCACAGCCGAGUUUGGCAAGUCCAAGGAGUGGAACGAGUCGACAAAGGCGCUGUCCGGCGAGAUCCAAGACUUUGCCGAGAGCGAAAGAGUCCGCAAGGCCCGCGAGGCCUACGAGAAGUCCUCUGGCGCCAUCUCCUCUGCUGCGACGUCCGCUGUCAAGACCACUGCUGGAGCCAUCGGAAAGGGUGCCGCCUGGACCUGGGAUACCACCGCCAUGAAGGGCGUCCGCAAGGUCGCCAACGUGACGGGAGACGCGCUCGACAAGGCAACCAAACCCAUCCGCGAGACCGAGGCCUACAAGAACGUCAAGGAUGUUAUCGAUGACGGUAGCAGCUCGCGCUACGGUGGCUGGGUUGAGAAGGAGGAGCGUAGGAAGAAGCGCGAGGCUGAGGCCCUCAAGCACGGAAAGCCCGAGAUCUUUGAGGAAGACCCCAACGCCGGCACCAACGUCACGAUCCACAAGGACGCUGCCUGGAAGGAGGCAUGGAACGAGUUCAAGGACUCGAACAAGUUCGCCCAGGGAUUCUUCAGCGCCGGCAAGGUCUACCGCGAAUCCGAAAACCCCCUCAUCGAGACCGCGCGACUCGUCACGGACAAGAUUGGAGGAUGGUUCGCCGAGAACGAGACGGCCCAGGUCAUUAAGAAGUUCCGCACAAUGGACCCCAGCUUCCGAACGGAGCCCUUCUUGAAGGAGCUCCGCGAAUACAUUCUGCCCGAGGUCCUCGACGCCUACGUCAAGGGUGACAUUGAGACGCUCAAGCUCUGGCUUUCCGAGGCGCAGUACUCCGUGUACGAGGCCCUGACGAAGCAGUACCUCACCGCCGGCCUCAAGUCGGACGGCAAGAUCCUCGAUAUCCGCCACGUCGACAUUGUCCGCGCACGCAUGCUGGACCCUGGUGAAAUCCCCGUCUUCGUCAUCACCUGCAGGACACAGGAGGUGCACGUCUACCGCAACGCAAAGUCUGGCGAGCUCGCCGCCGGCAUGGAGGAUAAGGUGCAGCUGGUGACGUACGCCAUCGGUAUCACCCGUGUACCAGAGGACGUCAGCAACCCAGAGACGAGAGGAUGGCGUCUUAUUGAGAUGCAGAAGAGCGGAAAGGACUACUACUAA